CCGCGGGCGCGUUCGGGGCCCCGCGCGGCCGCCCCGGGACUCGGGGCGGGGACCUUCCCGCGCCUCCCGGCGCUCGGGGGCGAGGAUCGCGGCCGCCGCCCCGGCUUCCCGCUCUGGCGGGACGGCGUCGCGCGCGGGGCUGAGCCGCCAGGACCCCCAGCCCAGGCGGCGCGGGGGCCACGGACGCCUGGGGGCCCGGAGGACCUACUUAGUAUAAGAAAAGGCCAGCCUAUGAGGAACCUAAGCAGGGAGGCUGCUUGUAGAGUCGCAGUGACCUGCCCAGAUCCCUUGUGAGUCUGGAGGGAAUAAGAACCACCUGCCUUCCUGAAUCCACAUCUUCACCUGCUCUGCCGUGGGCCAGAAGAAUGCAGACUCCACUGGCCAUUCCUGUGUCUGUGCUCCGGCUCCCCCGGGGUCCUGAUGGCUUGAGCCGAGGCUUUGCCCCAGAUGGACGCAGGGCCCCCCCGAAGCCAGAGGUUCCCCAAACCCUGGGGGCUCCAGUAGUUCAAGAAUCUCGGGAAUCCCAGGAACAGCAGGCGCGAGCCGCACUUCGGGAACGCUACCUCCGCAGCCUGCUGGCCAUGGUGGGUCACCAGGUGAGCUUCACAUUGCACGAGGGCGUGCACGUGACUGCCCACUUCGGAGCCACAGACCUGGACGUGGCCAACUUCUACGUGUCGCAGCUGCAGACGCCGAUAGGUGUGCAGGCCGAGGCGCUGCUGCGGUGUAGUGACAUUAUUGCGUACACCUUCAAGCCGUAAGGAUGUUACUAGGUUCACCUUUCUGCUGUGGGCCUAGCCACAGGGUCCCAGCCCUUCACACGUUGGUGGGCCCCAUAGAGUUUGGAACUAAUUCCCUUGGAAUUUUGAGCCGAGCUCCAGCAACUCAGGCUUCUUGGGACCUCCAGGGUCUCGUCAGUAAAAUUCCACUGCAACCUCAGGAUUUUAGAGCCUGUUGAAAUGAAAGCUCUACCUCACAGAACUCUAAACUCUGAAAUAGGGCCUCAUGGCUGUUCCUGAAGACUGGGGCUGGGGGUAGGUAAUAAAAGCAGAUUGCAGAAUGGAAAAUUGUUUUUUGAAGUUGCAGAGUUCAGCCAUC